CCUACUGGCCUAAAGGACAGACUCGUUAUGGCAUAGUGGGAGAGUGAUUGGUUGCGUGCCCCGACGAGUUCUAUUCCGUUCUCGGCCAACGUACUGCUAUAAAACCUAGCUCCGUCACUCUCGUUUGCUCUACCUCUCUAGCUAAGGAUUCGUUUGCUGUUAGCCGACGAGCGAUUCCGUUUCCUAGGCGUCUUUUCAUCUUAUCGGCUGGUUUGCCUGCAUUUAGUUGAUAUAUCGGAGUUUUGCUUCGGAAAUCAUUCAGGAAAGCGGUUAGGGAUCCUCAAUCUGUUCUCGAACGAACGAUAUAAGUUUGGAGAUGACCUACAGGUCAGAAAAAGAUAUUAGUGAGACUGAGUUAGAGUACUACGAGUAUAAAUAUUAUAAUGAGUUGAAGAAAGGCAGGCCUAAGGUUAAGUUUUCUGAUUUAGUAUAUAGAUGCCCAUACUGCCCUGGGAAGAGUAAGCAAGAUUACCUCUUUAAGGAGCUUCUCCAACAUGCUUCUGCUGUUAUUACCUCGCGGAGAAGGAGUAUCAAAGAGAAAGCGAGGCACUUGGCUUUAAAGAGGUACAUGAGAAAGUAUCUUGAUGUGAAGGUUCAUUCAGAACUUGCCACUAAAACUGAAUGUUCCAAGCCUCACGGUGAUCAGGGAUUUGUGUAUCCUUGGAAGGGCAUCAUCGCAAAUAUUAAAACUGAAUGGAAAGAUGGAAAACAUGUUGGUGAAAGUGGAACAAGACUCAGGGAGGAGUUGUCAAGGAAGGGGUUUAAUCCUGUGAGGGUCCAUCCCUUAUGGAAUCGUUGGGGACAUUCAGGUUUUGCGAUUGCAGAGUUUAAAAGUGAUUGGACUGGUUUCAACAAUGCCAUGUCGAUGGAGAAGAGUUUUGAAGUUGAUCAUUGUGGGAAGAGGGACUACUACACAGCUACAAAUCUAGGAGAUAAGUUGUUUGGAUGGAUGGCCCACAAGGAUGACUAUGACUCGAACGGCCCUAUUGGUGUGUAUCUUAGAAAGAGUGCAGAUGUGAAAACCAUUUCCGGAAAAGAAGCAGAAGAUCAAAGAAAAGCUUCAACGCUUGUCUCGAACUUAACAAAUACCCUGGAGGUCCAGAGUUUGCACCUUAAACAGAUUGAGAAUGAAUAUCAGGAAACCAGUGCGUCUCUAAACAAGUUGAUAGGGCAAAAGGAGGACAAGCUCAAGGCUUACAAUGAAGAAAUGAAAAAGAUGCAACAGAAUACGCGCGAUCAUCUCGAGAAGAUUUUCUUAGAGCAUGAGAAGGUUACACUGCAUUUGGAGGCUCAGAAAAAACGGCUUGAGCAGCAUGAGAAGCAAUUGCAGCAGCGUGAGGCUCAGAAUGAAACUGAUAGGAGAAAACUUCAUGAUGAGAAAAAAAUGAAUGAGAGGGCUGCUGUAGAGCAAAAGAAGGCAGAUGAGAAUUUCUUGAAGUUGGCAGAGGAACAUAAGAAAGAAAAGGAGAAACUUCAUAGAAAAACAAUUGAACUGGAAAAGAAACUUGAUGCUAAGCAGGCAUUAGAGUUGGAGGUUGAGCGCAUGAGAGGUGCGUUACAGGUCAUGAAACACAUGGGUGACGAUGGGGAUUUUGAGAUGAAGAAAAAGAUGGAUCAAAUUAUAGAAGAUUUGAAUGAGAAGGAAGAAGAAUUGGAUCACAUGGAACAACUGAACCAAACUCUUAUCAUCAAGGAGCGUAAAACUAAUGAUGAAGUGCAGGAGGCUCGUAAAGAGCUAAUCGCUGGAUUGAGAGAAGUGACAGCCCGUGCUAAUAUUGGUGUCAAGAGAAUGGGCGAGCUUGACAUCAAGCCAUUUACCACAGCAGCCAAGAGGAAAUUUCCCAAGGAAGAAGCAGCUGAGAAAGCUAUGGUGCUGUGUUCACAAUGGGAGGACUAUCUUAGAGAUCCUAGCUGGCAUCCCUUUAAGAUCAUCCUAGAUGAAGGAGGGAAGAGUAAGGAAGUAAUGAAUGAAGAAGAUGAAAAGUUGAAGAAUUUGAAGAAUGAGUUUGGUGAUGAAGUUUACGUGGCAGUGACUACAGCCUUGAAGGAGGUGAAUGAAUAUAAUGCAAGUGGUAGGUACAUUGUACCGGAGCUGUGGAAUUUCAAAGAAGGAAAGAAAGCAACAUUAAAGGAAGGAGUACUCCACAUCCUGAAGAAGUGGAGAUUGCUUAAACAGAGGUCGCGCUGAAGAUAUGCAUUGAUCUGUGGCUGCAUCAUCCUUUACUGAAGCAUAGUGGAUGUGGUGCUCGUAGAGAUUUCAGUUAUAUUUUGGCUGGCUAGUAGUCCGUCUCAUGCAUACCUGCAUAUAAAGAAACUUUCAGAAUUUU